UUUUCACUCAAUUCAUUGACUGUAGUGAGUACGUAUUCACUGAUUAAAAAUUCAUCAGGAAAGAAAUCUGACAGGUCUCACACUCAAAAACCAGAAUCAGUUAGUUACUUACCCAGAGUCUUGCUGAAAGGUUCUCGUGGUCUACUUAUCAGUGUCGUGUACUUAAAGAAUCGUGAAAUUUUUCUUUGUGGACUCUGAUAGUAGGUAAAAGUGAAGUGACAAUAAACACUGUGUGCUCUUCUUAUGGUUUGAGUCUAUUAGCUGUAUGAAUAAAAGGAUAAUUCACCUCAGUUUUGUUUGAAUUGCCCGUUCUCCUGUCCGCUGCUAUCAGUAACGAACAUGGAUGAACCAAGGAUGGAUUGGAAAACGACCUACGAGACGUUGAAAAGUUUCCAUGAUGCAGCGUACAAGAAGAUAGAUGAAGGUAUCAAAUUUGAAGCAGCCAACAAAAAAGCUGAGGCUGCUGAUUCUUAUGAAGAGGGACUAGAUUUUUUGAAGAAAGCAUUUGAACUAAGAGUAGAAUGCCCGUCAAACCCGGACCUGAGUUGGGAGAAAGCAUGCGUCAUGCUACAAAAAAUGAAAAAAUCAAGGAAAGAUAUAGAAAGUCGGCUAUCAGCGGUCAAAUCGGCAAUUGCAGCGGUUGAUUUGGCUCCUCCGCCAUCUUAUGAGGAGGCAAUUCGUCUCCCGUCAACACCUUCAACAUCUGAUCCCUCAGCAGGCCCCUCUCAGCCUCCCUCUUGGAGCCCUCCUGCAGUAUCCUCUUCUUCCUGUCCACCUCCAGCCACAUCAUCAUUAGAUGGCCCUUCGUCCUCCGGCCCUCCGAUGAACGGGGGCUUUUCCGCCUGGAAAAUACCUCAAACGCCAUCCCCUCAGGAGAAACCUCCUGCAAAUCCGGAAAAGCAUGCUGAGGCGAACCGCUCAAACGAGGCCUCAGCGGUCAAUGGUAACGAGGAUGAUUCAUUAACAUACGCACAACUGAACGAUGCCCUCAACGCUUUAAAAAUGGAGAGUGAAGGUCAAUCAGCAAAAAUAGUGUAUACGGUCAACAAUGUUGAAGUAUACUACAUUACCCCUGAAGGCAAUGUCUGCGCAACAACUGGCACUGACAGACUGAGCAUUCUAAACAUUUUGAACUCACCGAAGACUAAGCAUCGUGAUGCUCAUAAAAGACCCCGGCAUCUACGUCUAGGCCACAGACAUCGGCAUAGCCAUCGUAGCAGUCGAAGCGGGAAAUCCGAUAGCGAUCCUGAGGAUGACGCAUCCAGUUCGCAAGUCAGUACCAGCUCGCACGUGAGCUCUAGAGGACGACACAAACACCGUGGGAAGUUAGACCUCGAUCAAAAAAAACAGCUAGAAAUCGAAAAAAUCGAGAGGAAGUACGAAAAAAUCGCCAGGAAAAAGGAGCGCAAACUGAGUAAAACCGAACGCCAUGCUGACGAUGAUGAAGAAGAGGGAAUAGACAAUGAUUCUCCUCAGUUUUUGCUCCAGAUUGGGGAUUGGAUUUAUCCUCUCAUGCCUGGCGUUUCACCGUACAUCCUUACCAACUAUGGAGCAUUUAUUUUUCCAAACACAAUCUCUGAGAUUGAAGGAGAAGCGAUUGGUGUGAUCGUACCAGCAGAAGCAAGAGAACAACUAAUAUCAUUGUUAGAUGAUAUCCUUCAUCCUCCAGAUGUAAGGACUAGGGCACUUUCAAGUGAUGUCGUCUCUAAUUAUAUAGAAAAAGGUACGUCAUAUGUUUCGUCUGGUCUCAUCAAGGGAGCAGAAAAAGCCAGUUACUUUUUGAAUGUCAAAACUCCCAAACUCUUAGAACGAUUAGCACCGUCUCCAGAUCCUGCAGGACAACCCGUAAAUCCAAAUGUUGCAGCAGGCUUGAAAACAGCCCGAAAUGUUACUGGGACUGCCGCUAAUGUCUCAGGAUUUAUUUUAAAUUCAUUAGGCUCUGCUACGAAAGAACUAGGAACGUACUUAGCUCCUCAUAUUCACAAAGGAGGCUCAAAAUUACUCUCUCGUGCAACAGGGCUGGACAACAAUGCAGCUUCAGAAAAAAUGAGUAGUUUCAUGACAGUGGCGUCAAGCGCUGUCGAGGGGAUCGCAACCGUGAGCACAGGCUUAGAGACAGCCGCCUCGAUCCUAGGGCAAAGUUUAACCAGCAACACCGUCAAAGUUGUUGAACACAAAUAUGGACAACCAACAGGCCAAGCGACAGAGGAUGCUCUUUUUACUGUAGGAAACACAAUCACUGUAAGUUCAAAUAUGAGAGGCCUAUCGGCCAAAGGUCUGGCCAAAAAAGGUCUGAAGAAUGCUGGUAAAGGUGCCUUGAAGGGGUUCUCGAAUCAAGUAGCGUUUGAUUCUCAUCAUCUUCCACCGUCAAAUCUUCCUCCAUCUUUACCGUCAUCAUCGCAACAACCAUCAUCUCUUCAAUCAUCAUCUCAACAAUCAUUGUAUCCAUCUCUCACCGGUGAUCAGUUCUCCACAUCGCAUAAUAAUGGAAAGUCUCUGUAGCGUUGACCGCUUGUAGGUUAUGCUUCCAGUGAAAUUACAGAAUUCCAUGCCAUGACUAUGUUAAUGUUACCUUCUGUUAUUAUCAUAAAAAAUGUACAUUAACUAAGUACACAUUUUACCCUGUCUGAAAGCUCUCUAACUAUUUUGAAUCAAGCUCUGUUUUGUUGAAGUCAGUUUUGAAAAAUAUUUAGAGGAAGCUCUCUCCAAUGCUGGUUAUUUGGAUUAUGUCUUUGUGAAGAGCCCAUUUCGGAGGUAAAUUCAAAGAUUCCUCAGUAAACGAGCAUAUAUUUAUUGCAGGCAUAUAGCCAAAUCAGGCAGCUUAUAAAAUUCCUGGGCAAAUAGUCUAAUUUUGAAAGUUUACGAAGUUUCACAUGUUUUUACAAAGAGUUUAUAUUUUGAAUAUUUUGAAGGCAAGAAUUCAUCAAACCCUAAACUAUCGUUGCAUUUUUCCUUUUCAGUAUGCUCUUUAUUUACUUUCAACCGUUAUAAUUGUGAAAACUCAGUAUUUUAAAAAAUGCUGUCUUAUAAAAUGGUUGUUCAUUUCUGAGCUAAAAAGCAGGAACUAUAAAAUGAUGCAAAUUUUGAAAAUAAUUCCUAUCUGGAUACUAAUAAUUAUUUCUUCCAAAAUUAGCGGAGGAAUCAGUGUUUCAACCUGAGUGUAAAAUAUUGGACAAGGUGCCUGAUUUGAUUAUUUGCCUGCAACAUAUUAAUAUCAAUAAGUAGAGCCUCCUCUCAGCGUACUAAGGUGAAAAUGUUCAGGAUAUUUUGGCUUUAUAUGCUUUGUAGGUUUGCAUGAACUCGGAAAGUUUGCAUGUUCCAUCGGCUCCGAUGUCAUCUUUAUUCCUCUCUUUUUGGUCCUUCUUCCAUUUAAGUCUGUUUUCCCCUCCAAAAUUUGAGACUGUUAUGAAGGAGGACACUUCUCUGUAUUGUAUGAUUGUAAUUCAAUUCCUUCAAUUUGAUUGCUUUUAAAUUGCUAUAGUCUCAAAUCCAGCUUUGAUCUUUUAUUAAUCAAAGUGCCUUUUGAGCUAAACUUUGGCUCAUUCUCUCAUUUUUUUUUCAAGAGAAAAAAAGAUUACGCACAACAAGUUCUAAAUUAGAAAGGUUGCGAUUCUGAUCUGCCUCGAAAAUGCUGCCUUACAAAAUUAUAGGUUCGUUUUUAAACUUUCUUGUUGGCCCCUUGCUCAAAGUAAUGUCCCAUUUUCUGAUUAAGAUGAGGUAUUAAGUUUUUUGAUUCGUAAAAUAAUAGCAUUUAAAACCAAUGAGAGAAUAUUCUUGAAUGUCCGAUGUAAGCAAAAUCAUUCUAAUUUUGUUCGCUCUCUCAUUCAGAUGAGCACGACAGAGGAUCAUUGAGCUACCAGCCAAUGGGCCAGUUACUUGAUAAACCAAAUCGUACCAAAAUCUAUUUUUUACUUGGUUACAGCAAGCACAGUACCUACUAAUGAUCAAAUAUAUGUGUAUCAACCACUGUCAUUCCCUGUAUUGUUUCAGCAAUAUGAUCUUUCCUUUUUUACUUGUUUUUGAUGUUUUCCCCUCAUUUCUGUGGUAUUUUCUGAGCUAGGACAACAAUAUUUGAUUAGUCAAAGUUAACCUGGAAAAGUUGGGAACUUUGAUCUACAAAGCUGUGAAAACCUCGCGUAAUUCGUGAACCUUUGUGAAACCUUCAUCAUAGUAUAAAAAGUAAUCUAUUUUUAAUAUUUUAAAUUUUCAAAGAUUUUUGCCAAAAGUUUCUUGUCAAAAGUAUUUUAUUGCACGAGACUUCUUAUGAACUUAGGAAACUCGACGUAUAAGAAUACUUAUGUAUCUAAAAUAUUUUAUUUUCUACCUUUUUUGUGCCUGGCUUUAAUUUCUGGAUUUAAUGCGGGUGAAAAAGUAAUUUACUCAGCUGAUUGCCCCUUUCAUCCAUGAAUAUUUGAGUGCAG